AUGGUAGUCCAGGAGUCAAAGCGAAACAGUUUGUUAUUAAGUCUCAAGCGUAGCAGUGGUAGCUUUUCUUCAACAACAAGUAGUUCCACAGCAAACUCAGUUUCGUGUAGAUGCCUGUCCACGAAGAGUAACCAUAGCACCAGACUUACUCUGUUGAGACACAAGUGUUCCACAAUAAAGCUCAAGUUGAAGAGAAACUCAACCUAUAUUAAGAAUACAGAUGAAGAAAUCAUGUGCUACGAUCCUGAUGAUGCUACCAUUGUUGCCAGAUAUUCUGAAGAAAUGUUUCAUACGACACACAAGUGCUUCAGAUGUCCCACCGAGAGGAUUUCGUUAGAUGAAUUGGCAGAUUCGGCUUUGAAUGCAGUGUGUUGUCAAGUUACCAAUGAGAAAGAGUCGUCUUAUGUUGAAUGCGAUGCUGAAUAUGAAUUUGAAGCUGAAGUUGAAUCUGAAUCUGAAUCUGAAGUUGAAGUUGAAUCUGAAGUUGAAGAGCUAGAAACCUUAUCCAUCACCACGAUAGAACUACAACUUCCACUACUACCAAUAUCAGAUGAGUCGCUUGUUGAAUUCUGGGAGAAGUUCUGUGAAGAAUAUAAACCAACAGAAUAG